AUGCACGUCUUACCCAAACGUCCGUCUCACACGCUUUGCUCAUACGUCUCACAGCGUUCUUUCGAAGAGGUUGUCAUCACUGGCCUUGCUUCAGAUGAACUAGCUUUCGAGAUCUUCGCUCUCUACAUCGACCCCAAUGAAAUUCCAUCGAGAGAUCUUAAGGAAAUUGUCAACAAGUCGUAUUCGACUUUCCGUGCCCCUGAUGUCACUCCCUUGGUGACUUUGGAUCAAGAGAAGCAGUUGUAUUUGCUUGAGCUCUUCCACGGUCCUACGUUCGCUUUCAAGGAUGUUGCUCUACAAUUACUUGGCAAUCUUUUUGAGUACUUCCUUGUUCGUAAAAAUGGGGACAAACCCGAAUCAACAAGGGAACACUUAACUGUAGUCGGAGCAACGAGCGGUGACACUGGAUCUGCGGCCAUUUAUGGUCUUCGAUCUAAGAAGGAUGUCGAUAUUAUGAUAAUGUUUCCCGAAGGAAAGGUCUCACCGGUACAGGAAGCGCAGAUGACAUCAGUCUUGGACCAAAACGUGCACAAUGUGGCCGUUGAUGGCAGCUUUGACGAUUGUCAAGACUUCGUCAAAGAGUUGUUCGGAGACGCUGAGAUCAAGAGGACUCAUCAGCUCGCUGCCGUCAAUUCGAUUAAUUGGGCUCGUAUAUUGGCACAGAUAGACGUCCUCGCGGGGUACUUUGCAAAACGCAUGGGCUUCCCCAUAGAGAAACUCGUGGUGGCGACCAAUGAGAACGACAUCCUCGAUAGAUUUUGGAAAACCGGCUAUUACGAGAAGAAACCUAUUCAUGGCCGUCAAGUGAAUGGAGGCUUCGCCGAAGAUGGCGUCAAAGCCCACGAGGAUGGCGUACGAGAGACGUUCAGCCCCGCCAUGGAUAUCCUUGUAAGCAGCAACUUCGAGCGCUUACUAUGGUUCCUAGCUUUUCAAGUCUACGGUGAAGGCCUGAAAACCGUUGAAGAAAAGAGGGCAGAAGCAGGACGGAGGGUUAAAGGCUGGCUGGACGAGCUCAAAUCAAAAGGGGGUUUCGGCGUCGAGCCCAAGCUCCUUGAAGCCGCAAAGCUGGACUUUGAAAGUGAGCGUGUCUCCAACAAGCAGACGAUUGCAAUGAUCAGGCAGCAAUACUCCGCACAGACACCAGCUGCCAAAGAAGACGCCUCGAGUGGUACCGCAGGCGCUACGAACCAUGGCAAAUACAUCCUGGAUCCUCAUUCCGCCAUCGGUGUCGAAGCAGCCCUAAGAUCUGUUCAGCGCGCUCCACCGCCGGGAACUACCCACAUCGCGUUGGCUACGGCUCAUCCAGCAAAAUUUUCCAAGGCGGUUUCGCAAGCGUUGGAGAAUGAGAAGAAUUUCCAAUUCCGCGAUCUGCUGCCGGAGCAAUUCGUUGGACUGGAGGAGUUGGAGAAGAGGAAGUAUCAUUUCAGAAAAAGCGAGGGGAUUGAAGGGUUGCGAAACUUCAUCCGCAAGCGAGUACCAUCGCGUUGA